UAAUAUUAAGUAUACAUAUUUAUCCUAUACAGCUAACAGUCAUAUCGACAUCCUGUUUUGUGUACAUGAAAAAUUAAAGGGAAUUUUCGUGUUCGAGGAGGACGGGGUGGAACUUAUGAUUUGUUGACUUUUUUCUACGUUAGCGUAAAGUAGUCGCAAUGGCGGAGGGUGUAGCAGUCACUGUUGGAGCUGGUUCCGAUGUAAACAUGGCUGCUAACCCAACAGAAACUGCUAUGGCGUAUCUACAAGACGAGAGGACCGAUGGAGACAUCACUAACCUAAACCUGGGUGAACUUGACCUCACCACCGAUGAGUUUAUCUUAGAUGAAGUGGAUAUUCAUAUUCAGGCCAAUCUGGAAGAUGAUCUUGUAAAGGAGGCACUUAAAACGGGUGUUGACCUCCGUCAGUACUCCAAACAGGUGGAGACAGAGCUGCAGAAGAUUGAACAGGCCUCCAUCAAAGACUACAUUAAAGAGAGUCAGAACAUCGCUCUUCUGCACAACCAGAUCACCGCCUGCGAUUCAAUACUGGAGCGUAUGGAGGGCAUGUUGAGCGGCUUCCAGAGUGACCUGUCCUCCAUCAGCAGUGAGAUCCAGACCCUGCAGCAACAGUCGGUCAGCAUGAACAUCCGGCUGAAGAACAGGCAGGCUGUUCGCAGCCACCUCAGCCAGCUGGUGGACGAGCUGGUCGUGCCUGGAGCCAUGAUCUCAACCAUCCUGGAAAGUCCGGUGACAGAGCAGGAGUUUCUGGAGCAGCUCCACGAGCUCAACAACAAGAUCAACUUUGCCAAAGAGCUGAGCUUCAGGGAGACUUUGGCCUGCUCCGAUAUUCAGGAUAUUGUUGACCGCUUAAAACUGAAGGCAGUUUCAAAGAUCAGAGAGUUCAUUCUUCAGAAGAUCUACUCCUUCAGGAAACCAAUGACAAACUACCAGAUCCCACAGAACACUUUGCUGAAAUACAGAUUUUUUUAUCAGUUCCUUUUGGCCAAUGAGAGAACAGUUGCUAAGGAAGUUAGAGACGACUACGUGGAUACUAUGAGCAAAAUUUACUACAGUUACUUCAAGUCAUACAGCGGCAGGCUGCUGAAAGUGCAGUACGAGGAGGUGGCAGAUAAAGACGACCUGAUGGGAGUAGAAGACACAGCCAAGAAAGGUUUCUUCUCCAAACCGUCUUUGAAAAGCAGGAACACCAUCUUCACUCUGGGCCAGAGGGGGACCAUACUGAGCCCUGCUGAGCUGGAGGGGCCCAUCCUGGUUCCACAUACGGCUCAGAGAGGAGACAGCAGGUAUCCCUAUGAGACGCUGUUUCGCAGUCAGCACUACGCUCUGCUGGACAAUGGCUGCAGAGAAUAUCUCUUCCUGUCUGACUUCUUCAUGGUGGCGGGAAACUCUGCCCUCGACCUCUUCAACAGUAUCAUGGGAAAAACUCUCAGCAUGUUCUUGAAGAGCAUGUCCACUUAUGUGUCAGACUGUUACGACAGCAUCGCCAUCUUCCUGUGUAUCCACAUCAUCCUCAGGUUCAGAGCCAUCACAGCAAAGAGGAACAUCCCUGCUCUUGACAAAUACUGGGAGGCCGUGUUGGAGCUGCUGUGGCCCAGGUUUGAACUGAUUCUGGAGAUGAACAUCCACAGCAUCAGAAACACAGACCCCCAGAAACUGGGAGUGCUGGACACCAGACCACACUACAUCACUCGCCGAUACGCAGAGUUCUCAUCAGCCAUCGUCAGCAUCAACCAGACGUUUCCCAACGAGAGGACAAACGCUCUGCUAGGACAGCUACAGGUUGAGGUGGAAAACUUUGUGCUGAAGAUGGCUGCAGAGUUUCCCUCCAGAAGAGACCAGCUCAUCUUCCUCAUUAACAACUAUGACAUGAUGCUCAGCGUACUGAUGGAGAGGGCAGCAGAUGACAGCAAAGAGGUUGAAGGUUUUCAACAGUUGCUCUUGGCCAGAACACAGGAGUUCAUUGAGGAGAUUCUGUCUCCCCCCUUUGGAGGAAUGAUUGCCUUUGUGAAGGAAGCUGAGACACUGAUGGAGAAAGGGCAGCUGGACCGACUGAAGAAUGAGGAAGCUCGCAUCACUCAGCUCGUUCGGGGGUUUUCCAGCACAUGGAAACAAUCUGUUGAGUCGAUGAGUCAAGAUGUGAUGAGGUCCUUCACUAAUUUUAAAAAUGGGACCAGCAUCAUACAGGGCGCCCUGACACAGCUGAUCCAGUACUAUCACGGCUUCCACAAGGUUCUGAACCAGCCGACUUUUCGCAGCCUGGCGGUCCGAUCUGAGCUCAUCAACCUCCACCACCUCAUGGUUGAGGUCAAGAAGCACAAACCCAACUUCUAAAAGCAGCUUUUUCAGCGACAAGAUUCCCCCCAGCUCAAUCUUCUUUACUCUCUCAGUCUUUUAAGUUUGCAAAGCAGUAACAGGAGAUUUUUCUCACCCGGCUGUAGAACUCAUCACACAUCAGUGAGGACCUGAUUUCAUAUCUGGAUCAGAAGGUUUAUUUUACUUUGGACAUUACCUGUGUCAUUUUGCUCCUCUGAUCUUCAUUCCAUAUAAAUCACAUAUAUAUAUGAUGUAUAUAAACAAAUUCCAACAAAUAAAGAGUAUAUGUGUGUUCUGGAUACUUUGAUAUCAGUAGAGUGAGCAACAAGACUUCAGGAGAUGCUGGCUUGCAUGACAAUUCAGUUAGUUCUUACAUUCAUACUUUUAAAUUAUCCAUCAGAUUUUUAUUUUAUUUUUUUUGCCAGCUACUAAAAGCAGCAACAGCAAAUCUCCUUCCUAAAAGUUAAAAGUGCAAUCAUGAAACACUGAAAUGUUCUCCUCAUUUUUGCUUUAUUUAAAUAGAAACUGAGCAUUUUGUUGGCUAAAAUUAUGAAUGUUUACCUGUAUGUCAAAGAAAAUGUUAAGUCUUCUUUUUUUUCUUGUCCAGUUAAAGGAAACAACCGUAUCUAUUCAUGUGAUUUACAACACUGCACCAGUGAGAGAGAAUCUCUUACAGGCAUACUUGAAAAGCUGAGCACUCACUCAGUAGGAGAGGUUACAUUGACCAUAAGGGUCAUUUUCUUUGUCAUGUCAGCAAAUCUUAUAUUUAAUUUAAAACCAGCAGCGUUGAAGAAUCUCGAAACUAAAGACUGGCUUCCUGUCUCUGCUUGGGGGUCUUAAUGCUGUUUCCUGCUGGAAACAUUCAUCUUUAAAAAACUGCUGAUCACUGUCUUUUUUUCAACCGUCUACAUUCAACGCUUUUUUUUUUUGUACAACAGUGACUCAUUAAAAAUAACAAAAAUUCAAGCUAUAUGUUUAAUUUUGUUAAUUUGUUUUCUCUUUAUUGGGAGUUGCUGACAGAUGAUCCUGUAGAAGCUGGGCUCCUUCAGAGUGGUAAAAAUCUAAUGCGGAGUGUUUACGUUGUGUGCUUUUGCUCUUUUGUGCGACUGUGUUGCAUUUCUUUGUGAAGUCUUUCCCAUGUGCACUUACAUUCUGUGGAGUUUAACAAUGAUCAGUGAAAAUACGACACAGAUGCUUGCUUGUUUUAUUUGAAUUACUUUAUUUAGUUUCUUUGAUAAUUUAACAAUAAAUAAAAGAACAAAUCAAAACAAUAAACUAUGACUACAACAUUUAUUCAGCUUUUAGUCAGAUUUGAAUUUGUAUAGAUGAAACCUGAAAGCCACAUUUUACUUUGAUAAGC